GGUUGUGCCUCUACAAUCGUGCACGCGACGACGAGUUGUUUCUGUGCCCAAAUCUCCGUUAUCAGUCGCCAAGCUCGUGACAAAUCUAGUUGGCUUUGAUCUCCCCCACAUCGACAGCCGUUCGUGUUGAUCGUUUGAUCAAGCGUUCCCCACGUUGCUGCUAUCAGAGCCAGGCCAGGCCAGGCCCAAGACAACGGGUGCUCCGAUGGAUUGUAGAACGUUGCCCCACAGGGAGCCGCGCUCCUUCGCAUCGAUCAUCUUCAUCACUCUCUUCAGACCAUUUCAACAUUGACCUUUAGACAACGGACGAGCGUUCGUAAUCGUGACUAGCAAGCUACCGAGAGUAUACAGAGUCUUUGAGAUUAGCACCGCGCAACCAUGUACGGUCGAGGCGGCGCAGGGAAUAUAAACGCCGCAAAGGAGUCGAGCAAGAAGGCUGGUGAAGACAUCGAAGCCAACCACCCGCCUCCCUCCAGCGCCAGUGCCACCGCACCUUCCCCUCCCCAGCAAGCACCCUCCAACAACGCACCCCCGCCGCAAGACUACGCACACAUGGGCCGCGGCGGCGCGGGAAACUUCUACCAGCCCUCGACCCUUGUCGCGCAAGGCCAGUUCACUCAACCAGCCGAUUCCACCGCGCUGCCCACGAGUGCGAAACCGCACAUCAGCACGCCGUGGCAUCCGGAGGGCCAGGAGAUGCCUGUUGCGCGGUCGGGGAGAGGCGGCGCGGGGAAUUUCGUCUGGAAGAGUGACGGCGCGGGGAACAAGGAGAAGGUGGAGGAUGAGGAGAGGAGGCGGGAGGAAGUUAGGGAGGGGGUGGAGAGGGAUGUCGAGGCGGGGUUGGCGAGGCCGGCUGGGGUGGUGUUGGGGAGGGAGACGGAGAGGGGGUGGUAGUUGGUGUGUUGUGUGGUCUUCGUUUGCUUUGGAUGAUAGUUGUGGGCAUCUUGGAGUUCAGUCAGGCGAUAGAUGGGACUGGAUGGCAUCAACAGUCUUUUUUGACGCUUGUAGUUUAGUCAGGUGGUAGAUAGGCCUCGAUGUCGUCACGGUAGUUUGCACAUGUCAGAUCAUAGUGUGAAGAGGACUUGGAGUCAUCUACCACGGGUUCAUAUAGCUCAAGCAUCAGUUAUGAAUAAUGAUUCACGCAAUUUUUGAACGAAUGGCAUUCAAACAACAACUGAGCUUAGAGCAUCUCAAGACAUCCAAGUAAAGAGAGG